UUAACUCUCAAGAAAAUGGUUUCGUACAAGUUUAUCAUACUUUUGUUUAUAUCGGGCAAAUUCACUACAGUACUCUCGCUCAGGAAUCUGGCCGAACUCACCCUCGCUAAUAAUGAUACACAUCAAGUCCUACAAUCCGCUGAUCAACAUACAGAGGUCAAAGGACCGGACAGUAAUUUAAAAACUCAAAAACCUCUUGAAGGACAAGAAAAUCAAUUAGAACAACAACAACAAGAGUCACAAGUACAAGAACAACAACAACAAGAGUCACAGGUACAGGAAGUUAAUGAUAGGGUUGCCGAUCCUGCAAAAGGAGAUCUUUCCGAGAAAAAACAAGAAAAAGAGUUAGAACUUCCUCCUAAGGAAAAUCAAGAACACACUGUUAGUGAUCAAGGAGAACACUCUACUGAGGGGACCAAAAAACAAACUACUCAGGAGAGCAAAGAGGUUAAAAAUGCCUUACCAGAACGUGAAGGUGAUUUGGUAAGUCAAAAUGCUAAACGUACAGAAGGAUCAGAUGGUCAUACAGAAGAAGCCUCAGUUGAAGCCGGUGGAUCAGGUGGAGGUGGAAAAGCCGGUAAACCAGAACCUGGAUCAGUUAUCCAGCCACCACCUGAAAAAGUUGAACAAAGAGAAGAAGGGGUUAAUAGUGAAGAUAAUAGAGUUACUGGAGAGCUUGGAGCUAAGAGACCCGCUGCUGAAAGAGGUAGCGAGGGUCCCCCGGGUCAACCUGGAGAGUUAUCCAGGCCAGCUCAAGAAGAAGGCCAGACUGAUUCAAGAUCACAAUUACCCGGCCCAGAAGCAGCAUUAAGUCCCUCUGGUAAGGGAUCAGAAUUACCCAACCCAGAUCAAAGACAAGUAACUGAUACGAAUGGAGACGGUUCUGGUGGUACUACUGUCACAAAAGGCGCUACUUCUGAAAAUGCUUUGAAUUCUGGCGGUGCUUCUGCUACUGGAGAUCGGUCUACUGGUUCUAGAGCUCCGGCCGAACCACAGGUAACUAGUACGACCGUUUUGAAUACUGGUGGCAGUGGUUCCAUGAAUAAUCCUACUGGUACACGGUUGAAUCAUGGAGGUAGUGCUGGUAACUUGUUACCAUCAGUUCCUAGGGUUGAAGAAUUACCUUCAAGAGCAAGUGCUUCAUUAAUACAUCCUUUAACACCUGAUGAAACUACUAUUAGACCCAGUGUUCCUCAACUAGCCGGUGCUGAAACAACUGUUAGAUCACAAACCAAACAAGUCCCAAUCAAUCCUCUUCCUAACACUAGUUCUACCAAUGCAACUCCACCGCCAACUCCUAAUCCAGUAACACUUCCUACUGUGUUACCAUCUAGCCCAAGAGCUCCAGAUGCAGCUCCGAAUACUCCUCAGGCAACACCUAAUACUUCACCACCUAAUACUCCACCCACUACUCCUGCAAACAAAGACGAUGGAGUGAAAAAUGUGUUAAUGAGCGUGUUGAGAGAGUUGGAGAGGAGUUUGGAUGAGGUGAAUGAAAUUGAACUAUCACGUCCUGAAACACCAAAUAAACAAUCUUUAUGCGAUGUUUUAAAUACUACGACCACGAACAUAUGUCAAACAAAUUCUAACCCAGCUAACGCGGGGAACACUGGUGCCCCUGUGAACCCCGAGUUACUAGGCCUGGUGAACAGAUACUACGUGAACAACGCGUGUGUGACUGAGAACUCACUGAAUCAAUUGUACAACAGUGGCGACUUUUCAUACAAAUUGUUGUCCAAACACUUGGCACAGUUUAGUAAAAAAGCGCCAAACAAAACUGUUCAAACGGUUUAUGACAAGUCUGUACCAGUAGUAACAAAGUUAACUGAAUUAUUCAAAGACGCUGAAACGGCUCUAGUUUCAGACACUGUGAAGAAGUUACUGGAAAAAAGAUACUCAGUUUUAACCACGGCACUCUGCGGUGUCGCAAAUAACCAACAAGACUUUCUCUCCAGCACUGAGCUCAACAAUAACCACGUCACACUCUCACUCAAUGAAGAAGACUUCAUCAAUCAAGCGACUAAAGAAUUGAUGAAGGCGUAUGAGCCAAUGGUGGAGUUGCUGAGGGAGUUUAACACUUUGUUACCGAAGCUGUUUGAGUUAUUUGAGGAAGGAUUUGAGAAUAAAAUUAAUUUAGUUUCUUCACUAGCACAUGUUAAACCUCAGGAGUCCACUGCCAGUAGUGGUACUCGUAGUGGGUCCGGUACUGGUAAUACGGGUGUGGUACCUGGUGGUGGUGGAAAUGCUGGACCUCCAGCACAUGCGCUGAUACAGUAUGUAGAUGAUCAGGAUAGAGAAAUAGCCGCAGUUCAUGGGCAUCCAUCUUUGAUUCAAAGAAUUAAAUCUCUAUUACAAAUUAAUUCUCCUGCUGAUCCAGCUCCCACUAGACCUAACGAACCGGCUCCAGCACGUAAACAGCCUCCUAGACGGGAACCCGGUACAUCUGGUCAGUCUAGACCCAGUGGUCCAGAUUCCACCCCUGUGAAUGGGUUAAGGUUAUUGGAUAGAGCAUCACCAGGAGGUGUUAAUGUGGAUCAACAUACUCCUAGAACUGCUACUUCGGGUUUAACUCCACUACCGGGUCCCCAGGCUCCAAGUAAUCCAGGCACUGGAAACUCUGGACAAGGUAAUGUGGUUCCCAGUCCCCCAGCGCCUAUUAAUCCUGGUGCUGGACUUGGCAGUGCAGAUGCCCCCGGUGAGACUGAUGGGUCUGAAGGGGUAUUUGGAGGUUUAAAGAGAAGGCUGAAAUCUCUGGUAUCCAAUUCACCGGGUCAACCCGCAACUAAAAAUGUACAACAUGAAAUUGAUGAUGAGCUUUUAACCGCGGCGUAUGCACAGUUUGAACACUUGGGACUCUUUAAAACUAAAAAUGGGAAAUUAGUUCCCGAACUCGAUGAACAAAAAGUUAAAACACUCGUUCGAUCCAAUCUACUCUCACUCAAUGAGUUUGAUUCGAUGUAUAAUUUGGUGAUUGGUCCGCAGCGUUCGAUGCAUGGGUUGUAUGAGUUUGUGGAGCAUUUGUUGUUGUCGCCAGAUGCUGAUGAGAAGAUUUCCGCUUUAAACGACAAGAAGUUGAUGGAGCAAAUCAACAAGGUUGUCAGUCCCUUGGAAGAUUUAUAUGAACAAGUAAAGUCAAAUUCCAAAGAUUUAAGGCUAAGAAUGCCAAAAAUUCCAGUAGAAGAAACUGUUACAGUGAGGAGAACAAAGAGAGGCGCCGCUGAACAUAGGCCAAGCACUGCUGGUUCAAGCUUUCAAGUAGUUUCAAACUCAAGUGGAGUCAAAGUCUCACAAGAAGGCCAAUUAGCCAAAAUUAAAAACCUGUUCAAACCACUCUUGGGAAAUGGUAUGACGGGAUCGACGUGGUUUUUAGUAGUAUCAUCGGUUUUAAUUAUACUAAUAUAAUAAUAUUAU